GCUCGUUGAAACAUUACGCGUAAAGUGAAUUGAGAGAUACAUUACAAGGAUUAAACAAUAUUUUUUUCACCAUGAGGGCUCGCCAAUGACUUUAAACUGGAUAUCUGAGGAUGUUGGAGUGAAAACCGGAUAAAAUACCAGAAAAACAGACUGGAGAUGGUAUAAAUGAUGCUGAUGUGCGGAUUUAAUGUGACGUGUGUUAGUGGCGGUACAUCAGGGCUGAUUGACAGCUGAUCACAUCCUGUUUUUUCUGCUUUUUCUUUCAUUUAUUCCGCAUAAAGCGUCCAAACGGCAUGUUUAAACAUGUGCAGUAUUUCACCACGUCUUUCCUCUUAAGUCGUUUACUGUAAAUAAUACAGGAAGAUGUUUCCUAAAACCUCUUUCACGAGUCUCAUAGUGGGGGUCUUCCUCCUGUAUGUGCUGCACACAUGUUGGGUUAUGUAUGGGAUAGUUUACACGAAACCAUGUGAAAAUCCCAAAAGUGACAGCUGUAUCACACCACACAUGGCUGGAAAUCCUCGACUGCAGCUGAGCGUCUACACCACAGUGAAACCGAAUGCUGAUGGUGGACACAGUCUGAUCCACAGAGAAGAAGAGUUUGAUGUGAAUACCAGAUUUGAAAGGUCAGUAAAUGUGUCUCUGCCUAAAAAGACACGCAAGAAUGGGACGCUGUACGCCAUGGUGUUCCUGCAUCAGGUGGGGGUGAAUCCAUGGCAGGAUCCACAUCAGGUGCAUUUGGUCACACAACUGACAACGUACAUGCUGCCGAAACCUCCAGAGAUCAGUCUGAUCACAGGCCAGGAUGACCCGCAGAAACCAGAUCAGCAAAAACCAGGUUCUGACUCCGAGCUGGACCGGCCUGUUUCUCACUGGCGUUCCCGCCUGACUCUAAACGUGGUCUCUGAGAACUUCCUGUUUGAUCGCGAGGCGCUGCCUGGAGACGUUCAUCGCUACAUGAAAGUGUAUCAGAAUGGGAAGAAGAUGGUUUACCUGCCGCUGCUGUUUGUAGAUGAACUCAGCAACCGAGUGAAGGAUUUAAUGGAGAUCAACAGCAGCUCAACUGAACUGCCUCUGACCAUCUCGUAUGACUCCAUCGCUCUGGGAAAACUGCGAUUCUGGAUCCACAUGCAGGACGCCGUUUAUUCACUGCAGCUGUUUGGCUUCACUGAAAAAGAUGCAGAUGAAAUUAAGGGAAUUUUUGUGGACACUAAUCUGUAUUUCCUGGCUCUCACCUUCUUUGUGGCUGCUUUUCAUCUUUUGUUUGAUUUCCUGGCGUUCAAAAAUGACAUCAGUUUCUGGAAAGAGAAGAAGAGUAUGGUCGGGAUGUCCAGCAAAGCAGUGUUGUGGAGAUGUUUCAGCACAAUCGUGAUCUUCCUCUAUCUUCUGGACGAGCAGACCAGUCUUCUGGUUCUUGUUCCAGCUGGAGUCGGGUCAUUAAUAGAGGUGUGGAAAGUGAAAAAAGCCUUUAAGAUUCACAUCGUCUGGAGGGGCUUUACUCCCAUGUUCCUGUUUGGGAAAUCGGACGAGUUGGAGAGACGAACAGAGGAAUAUGACACUCUGGCAAUGAAGUAUCUUUCGUACCUGCUCUACCCUCUGUGUGUCAGUGGCGCAGGCUACGCGCUUGUGUUCGUGAAGUACAAAAGCUGGUACUCAUGGCUUAUUAACAGUUUAGUCAAUGGGGUGUACGCCUUUGGAUUCCUCUUUAUGCUCCCUCAACUCUUUGUAAAUUUCAAGCUGAAAUCCGUGGCUCAUCUGCCCUGGAAAGCCUUUAUGUACAAGGCUUUUAAUACGUUUAUCGACGACGUCUUUGCUUUCAUCAUCACCAUGCCGACAUCACAUCGACUAGCCUGCUUCAGGGAUGAUGUCGUGUUCCUCGUAUACCUGUAUCAAAGAUGGCUGUACCCGGUGGACAGAACAAGAGUGAACGAGUACGGUGUGUCUUACGAUGAAAAGCCAAAAGGAAAGUCCCAUAAAGAUUAACAUCAUCACAACAGCACAGCGUUGCCAUGGAAACAGCAGUGGGAUUCAAAAACAUGCAAACGCAGUAUCUGGAGUCAGACAACGAUGCAUUUGUGUCUAGUUAAAAACUGAGAAAGUUGACCAGCUCACGGAUAACUUGACUGAGACACUGUUUAAACUUUUACUAUAUUUUGUGGAGUUAUUGGAAAGAAGAAAAAACUAAUGCUUGGUGUAAUUUUACAGAAUGUAUUUUGAUGGGACCUUUUAAUUCCAUCUCUAAUAGUGUUUUGAAAUUAAGACCGUAUCACAAGGGUGCCAAAAGACCAGAGUUUCAGAUUAAUUAUCUGUUUUUUGUUGUUGUUUUGAAUAUGAAUAGAUUAAUUUGAGCUACAUGACUGUGCUCCGAGAGAAUGAUGUAUAUGUUUGUUUUUGUGCUCUUUAUUCCAUUAAAAGUGUUUCUGUGAUUCAACUGCUUAAUUACAGAGACUUUAUUAA